CAGCCACAAUGGGUCUCCCACGUUUCGAAAAAUGUUGCUGCAUAUUUGACUUGAAGACUGGGAAUAUCAUAUUAGGAUGUAUCAAUGCUUUUCUAUCAUUUUGCCUAUUCGUGGCAAUGAUAGUGGCUGCAUGUGAAUUUGGCACUAUGGAAAAAGAUACGGCCAAGGACAUGGAAAUAUUUAAAAGCGUCGAAGCAAUAGAAGUAGAUGCCAGGCUCAGCGGACUGUAUGCCAUGUCAGUUAUAUUGGUGCUCAUGUUUCUGGCGAAGCUCUUGUUUGACGUAUUUUUUGUCAUCGGCGUGAUAAUGGAACGGAAAGGCAUUAUCAAGGCCUACUUCAUCAUGUGGACCGUAUUCAUGUUACUUUCUAUGUUCACUUUCUUCCUCAAUUGCGAAUAUUGGGGUGUGAAGACGAUCAUCACUGAAGUAAUCUACCUCAGUAUAAACGUGUACGCUAUGUUGGUGUGUCACAGCUUUUAUGUGCAACUUAAUAUGCGCGAAGAAGUCUAA